GCACCUCGACCGUAUAAAAGCCGCCGGGAUUUGUAUGCACUUCAUCAUUUGAUUCUUGUACGUCAAAUAUCCAUCACCCACCAAGUUGCAACAUGUUCAAGUUCGUAGCUGUCGUUUUCGCCGCCAUUUUGGCUGUAGCUGUGGCUGCGCCCCAACCAAGCGGACUGCUGACCUACAGCUCGCCCCUGGCCUACAGCUCCCCCUACGCCUACAGCUCAUCGUACGCCUACAGCGCCCCCUAUGCUUACACCGCGCCCUUAGCGGCCAGCUACCCUGCAGCUCCAUUGGCCUACUCUGCCUAUUCUGCGCCGCUCAUUCUCUAAGGCUGGACGAACGACUGGACUUUCUUGUACUGAUUUCAAGUAAUGAUUAAAUACAGCAGUUAGAAGUAGAAA